CAGUCGAGGUUGAUGACAUUUCUACAAACUGUUGGCCGGGCCACUCAGACAUAUGAGGUUACUAAUUCAUGAAACACAAGUUUCCUAAGAUAAAAAAAAGUUUAGACGUUAUUAACAUUUGACAUUGUCAAAAAAAUCAGUCCACACCCAGUAUCUGCUUGGUACCAAGCUCUUAUUUGUUGGUACAUUUGCAGUUCCAUUAACCUGGAAUGAAACUCUACCUGCUCAGUUACCACAGCUCCACCCCUUAGCUGACUCAUGAAACCACUGAGUCACUGACGGACUUUGAGAUUCAUUCAAUAGAAACCGUCACUGCCAACAGACAGAGAGAUGGAAACCUGGAGCACUGCCUCUUCAACCUGCUGGAGAUUAAAUGAACUCAAGGUUUUGCGAGACUGAACGUAAAAAAUAUAUUUCAGGGAACUUUCUAAAGCACGGACUGACGUGGUGGCUGACCGCUUUCCUCUUUGAACCAACUGCCUGCUGUUUCCAGGUUUCACUCAGACUAAAUGGCUUCCCACUCAGAGGAGGACCUCCUUUGUCCUGUCUGCUGUGACAUCUUUAAAGAUCCUGUCAUCCUGUGGUGUUGCCACAGCUUCUGUAAAGGCUGUCUGCAGAGCUGGUGGACACAGAAAGUAAUCCACGAGUGUCCGCUUUGUAAAAAAAUAUCUUCACAGGGGGAACUGCCCUGUAACCUGGCACUGAAGAACCUGUGUGAGAGCAUCUUACAGAGGAGGGACCGGAGAUAUUCAGCAGGUUCAGAGCGUCUCUGCAGUCUGCACUCUGAGAAACUCAGACUCUUCUGUCUGGACCAUCAGCAGCCAGUGUGUCUCGUCUGCAGAGAUUCAGAAAAACACUCCAACCACAGAUUCAGACCCAUCGAUGAAGCUGCACGACAACACAAGAAGGAACUUCAGGAAACUCUGGAGUCCUUAAAGAAGAAGUUAAAGAGUUUAGAAGAAGUUAAAGUGGAGUUUGAUCAAACAGCAGAACACAUUAAGGUCCAGGCCCGACACACAGAGAGGCAGAUUAAGGAGCAGUUUAAGAAGCUUCACCAGUUUCUAGAAGAGGAAGAGGAGGCCAGGAUGGCUGCACUGAGGGAGGAAGAGGAGCAGAAGAGUCAGAUGAUGAAGGAGAAGAUGGAGGCUCUGAGCAGAGAGAUAGCAGCUCUUUCACACACAGUCAGAGCCACAGAGGACGAGCUGAGAGCUGAAGACGUCUCAUUCCUCAACAACUACAAGGCUGCAGUGGAAAGAGUCCAGCAGCGCCCCCUGCUGGAGGAUCACCAGCUGCUCUCAGGAGCUCUGAUAGACCAGGCCAAACACCUGGGCAACCUGACCUUCAACAUCUGGAACAAGAUGAAGGACAUGGUCUCCUACAGUCCUGUGGUUCUGGAUCCAAACUCUGCUCAUCCUGAACUCUCUCUCUCUGAGGAUCUGACUGCUGUGAGACAGGAAGUGAAACAGCAACUUCCUGACAAUCCAGAGAGGUUUGACUUGUACACCUCUGUCCUGGGCUCUGAGGGCUUUAACUCGGGGACUCACAGCUGGGAUGUUGAGGUUGGAGACAAUCCAGACUGGUCACUGGGUGUGGCAGCAGAGUCUGUCCAGAGGAAAGAAGCCAUCCUGUCUGGAUUAUGGUCCGUAUGGUUCUGUGAUGGUAAAUACCGAACCUUCUCCUCAUCACUUCGAUCCACUGUUCUCGCAGUGAAGAAGAAGCUCCACAGGAUCAAAGUGAAUCUGGACUGGGAGGACGGGAAGUUGUCGUUUUCUGAUCCUGAUACUGACACACACAUACACACCUUCACACACACCUUCACUGACAGACUGUUUCCAUACUUCAACACUUGGAGUGAACUCCCACUGACAGUUUUACCAGUCUCUGUGAGAUGAUGAUGAUGAGGAUGAUGAUGGUGGUUAUUUCACUCCUUUUCAGAUUUCAUUGUGUAGAUAUUAGGAGGUGGGUGUGCAGACUGUAAGGGCGUCUCCACGUUCACCUGUAGUUCUGCUUUGUGUAGGUGCAGCAGAGCUAAAUGCUACAGGCUGAGGUGGAACACAGAUCAGAGGAAUGUGCUGGUUGAUAAAUACGUAAAUAGGAAAUGUGACAACAAAGAUUCAUCAAGAAAAACCUUUUCCAGGAAAUCACAACACCAAACUCUGCAGCCGGAGGCAGGGUGGAGGUUUUUGAAUCCGAAAUAAAUAAGAAAAAAAUGAUUCAGUAAAGUCAUGUAUAUCACACAGCUGCUGACUUUUCCCUAUGAUGAAUCUACUGUGUCUGCUGGUUAUGUCAUCAACAUGAGACCGUAUGUUUUGUUGAUAUUUACCUGACACAGUGUUUUGUUUGGUUUUUGUUUAGUUGUUUAGUUCAGAUAAAAAUAUUUUUCAGUUGUGAUAUUACAAUAUAUAAGCAUAUAUAGGAUAAUAAAUGUAACUUUAUUUUGCUCUACCCUUUUUCUACAACUCGUUCUGUUUUUUAGGUAAAUCGCAGGAGAUUUUUAUGUUAAGACUUUUUCAUGAAUCCAUAAAGGUGGUGUGUGUCAUAAAUUCUAAAUAUUUCUCUAAAUAAAGUGAUUUCUGUUGGGCAAAAAUA